ACCAAAAAUGGCCGCGCCCAUGGAAGCAGUAGCAAAAUCAAACGACGAAGUGUUUAAUUUAUUACAUGCUAAUCUUCAGUUAGCUAUUGAUCAAUUGAAAGGGGAUGAUCCCAAAGAUCGAGACUUUGCCGGAUUCACAUCGGAGGCAUUUUGGCAACGGCUAGAAGUUAUUGUGAAGCGACUUUCACAUGAGGCAGUUAAGCUGUGUGUGGCAUUCUCGAAGCCACCAGUACCUGCGCCUGAGGAAUCCCAAAAACUAGUAAAUGUUCUAGAGCAGUGUACACUCAUGACGGUUUCUCUCUUUUAUGGAUUACCUGACACUCAAGGGCUUCAUCUCCAGAAGAUGCUGAGACAGGGUAUCAUUACCAUAGUUACGAGUCUACAACAACUAGCGAACGAUCUGCGACUAAAUGGACCUCAGGGACCUCAGAAACAGCUACAGUCUACAGGUAGUGUGUGGGAGAGUUGCGAUGCAAUACAGGAACUACCAAGAGAUAGUGGUGCAGCUGCUAUUUCCGAGCUAAACAGUGCAUGUGCACUUGUGAAGGAUGCACUUGAUGAAAUAGAAGAGGCAUUGCGCACUGACACAGAGUCACGCUGGUCGGGUCUGGGAGACGUACUGGAUGAGUUCAGUGAUGAUGCGUGGUCAGACACAGACAGACAGCUGAUUGCCCCCUGUCUCGGCCUGGUAAAAGCGGCGAAGGCUUCACUGAAGAAAACUACAACCGCAGCAAAGUCUAAUGUAGCUGCUGCAGUGAGAAGAGCAACAUUUGCCCUGGAUGAGCUCAUGGACCAGGUAGCGAUGAUGAGCCCGGCCGUGGACGACCUGAUUACGGUUCUCUACCCGCCGCUCAGCCACGCGUCCGUCCGACUAAACUCCGUGAAGCUGGCCAACACCGUUAAAGCGCUGCUUGCCUUCGCUCGGGGGACCCACAUCUGUGCUGAGGAGGACAAUGAGUGGAUGGACUUCCUCGUAAACGUUGUCGACCACAACAUUGAAAAGGUGAAACAGUUGGCGCCGGCGUCUAACGGCAGCGUUGCAUGAGAAGCUGCGGUGCGCAUAACGUUGGAUCACUCGCGGUGUGUGACGACGCUUAUCAACGUGUCUGGACGUACACCAAUCGCAAUUUGGCACGGCCAUAAUUUUAGCUACUGUGCUUUAGUGGCAAUCGCUCUCGGCUAUAAUGUUGCGCAAUGGUGUUGUAUAAAAAGGAAUACUCUUUACCACAAAUUGUUUGAGAAUGACAGUUGUUUACCAAAGUGACGUUUUAUGUAAUUUUGUCUGCUUAUUAAAUGACUACUGUUUAGAGUGACUCGUGCGAUAAAGUUCUGCGUAAACACUAGCUUUUUAUGCACUUUCUAAUUCGUGAAUGGAUUCGUAACACCAUCUGUGGUUGUUACAGCAUAGCACCGAACGUGCCACGUAUUUAAAAGGAAUUUUUUGUCAGUGUUUUUGGUAUAGCGGUAUGUGGUAAGUGAAAGUUGUGCGCAACAGUCCUGUACGUUUGCUCUACUGCUGCAUUGUCAUUGCAUCAUUUCAUAUGACUCUGUCAGUCAGUUCUUGCGUUGUUAAACAAUUGUGAUGAGAAUUGCUGAUGGAAUGGAAAAAUAUUCACAGAUUGCAAUAGUGUGUACUAGGUAUAGAUAUCAUUUGUGUCAAUAACACAGCCAAUGAGAAAAUUACAAAUUCCCAAAUGUCCCAUUAGUAAUUCUAAUGUUUGAGUCUAGGCUUGCUAACCACUACUUUAUCAAACAGAAGAUGAUACUAGUAGGUGUGUACAGUAUGCACAUUCAACAUGCAUAGAUAUUCAAUAUACAAUUGAUUUCAAUAUAUAUUAUAUAUUAUAUUAUAUAUUACAAUUCGAUAUUCAAUAUACUGUAUGCACAUUAAAUAAGUUUUGCAAACGACAGUUUUAAUAGCCUUAGCAAUGACUACAACUAUAGAAUCAACAGGGUAUAUGGUAUAUAUUAAUUCUCUUGUUGGCUUUGCUGUAGGCUGUGAUGAGUGUAAGUAUAGGUUGCGUUGCAGGCAGGGAAGGUUUUAUUCUGUGAUAUUUUCAUAUUUUUGUUUUCUCUUUUGUAAAAAAAAUAUUUUCCCAGUCACGUUGUUAAAGUCAUAUUCACUCGUUUUCUCUGUUUGCAAGGUGGUGCGUUGAGUUACCGUUUACCCCUGUAAUUUAUUUGGCUUUACAGUCCCAUCGAAUCGUGUGAUUUCAAGCCUUUUAAAUGUCGUAACAAUUAAGCAACUGUGGUUUAUAGCUGCCACUGUGCAUUCGUUUAACGUGAUCAUUGCCACUAUUACUGCUGCAGGUUACUUGUUGCAUCAAGCUGAUCAUACCGUAAUAUUGUGAACAUAUCUAUACUAUAUAUAUAUAUAUAUAUAUAUAUAUAUAUAUAUAUAUAUAUAUAUCAUAUAUAGAGACGUUCAUAAGUAAUACGUAAAACUAUGGAUGCAUAUUGCAUAUCUUAAAAUACAGGUAUAAGGCUUUAGACUUAUCACUAGUAUUAUAUAAUCAUCACUUCGUAAUAAAGGCUAUUGUCAGAUGUAAACUACCAAUGUGACUACACAUAGCCUAUUGUUAUGCCGUUGAAGCUAUAUAAGUAUACUAUAUAUAUAUAUAUAUAUAUAUAUAUAUAUUAGGUUGUAUAAUUUGCCAUUCUCACAUGCUGCAAUGGUGCUAAAUAGCUAAUGUGAAGAAGAAUGUAGAGGUGGUAGCAGGAUGACGAGCACGAUGUUAAUAUAUAAUCAUGGUAUUCGUGAUUAACGAACGAUCGAUCAUUGUAAGUUUUGAUAACGCCACAGAGGUAGAUUUGCGAAGGAGAGUGCCGAUGACCCCCCCCCCAAGGACUCCCAAAUGGCAACCAACCACCCACCCACCGAGGCUGUUCAAUUUUGUACCCCCCACUAGUUUAAUGGUCAGGUUCCGUAUAGAGGAGGGAUGCUUUUGUGGCCACAUAACAGCAGAUGGAAGCGUGCGUGCGUGCGUGCCGGGGUUGGUGCGUGCGUGCGUGCGUGCGUGCGCGCAUGGGCGAAACAUGCAAUACUAGAUUUUCGAAGCUCUGGCACAUUAUGUUAUAGUUGCAGUACUGUAAAUGAAAGCAUAAUAAAGCUAUGUUCCUCAAAAUUCA